CCGAUCCUAUCGGUAUACCGUUACCACGAACAAAGCUUCUCAAUAAAAAUCACCAUUCCCUCUUAAUUCCCAUUUUAGAGCAAUUGACUCUAGAUAACUAUCCACCUGAUUUUUUUUGGUUACAGUUACCACUAUUACUGCGACCUAAAUUUACUCACCAAGAAAAUAAGCAAAAAAACAGACUACUUUUCCUAUCAGCAUCUCACACGCUUUACCGCUUAUUAGCGCCAAGCCACCUCAAAAAUUCCGAGACACAUCAGAGCCCCCAGCAGCAAACAGCCUCAAACGAGUCGAUUCGAGUAGGUAGCAUGUGGUAUUGAGCAAUGAUAGGAUCACAGCAUCAUGCAUUUAUAGCGCCAACGAUCGCUACUAUCGACAAUUCUAGGAGGAUCAGCGAUAUGUCGCUCAAUUCGACUUCCUCAGAGCAGAGCGAGUGUGAUAUGGCGAUGUCGCGGACCCGAUUAGGAGGAUGUGGAAGAACGACUGGCGGGGCGGGAUGGAUGGUGAAGGCAGCUCUUUUCUCGGUUCUCUUUGCGGUUCCUGGUUCCAUGGCGCAAGACAACUGUAUCUCAUUAUCGGGUUCGACCACCUGCGGAGCUUUUCAGCCUGCUUCAAUUUCUACUACGAAUGAUGACCUACGAAAAAGAUUCACCUUUCUUCAAUUUGUCAAAGAUACGGCGUCCUUUGACGAGCAAUUAAGCCAGUACGUUCGAACGACCUAUGUUCAGGAACAAUAUCAGAAUCUUCUUGGAUGCGGUAACAUCGACCUUGUCAACACUACUGAUUUAUAUGCCCGCUUCACCACCUCGAAGAUCUGUAACGUUAUUAUUCAGAAAUCCAUUGAGCCCUGCGGCCUGUCAGACCAGGCCUCAUUGCCCUUGUGUGCCGACUCUUGCACCGACUUUGCUGAGAGUGAAGCCUACUUGGCAGCCGACACUAAUCUUUGUCCUGGCACUAGCGAUCGUCGCCAGGAGCAGAUAAGAGCUGACUUUAUCGAUUGUUCCGUACCACCACGCUCAUUGACACCUGGUAGUUGCAUCCAAGGCAUAGCUAACGAGCCAGAAAACUGUGGAUACGGGAACAGCACUAUUGGAUUGUGCUCAUACUGCGCCUCGGGUGGCAUCAAUUCGACCGACACUUGUUGUUACAACUCCGAUGUUGAGGCAAGAUGUGCUAACGUAGUCCUACCUACGAUUACGCCGACAAUGACUUUACCAACUGCAAGCUCGUCUGCAAGUUCGACGGCCACUCCGGCACCGGGUGUUUCCUCGGGCAAUGGUGGCCUUUCUGGUGGUGCUAUAGCUGGAGUUGUAGUCGGAUCCGUCGCCGGCCUGGCUCUCUUGGUUUUCCUCCUCUUGAUGUGCAUUAGACUUGCCCGACGGAGGCGCGGUAGUCAGAAGGGAAGCAUUUUCAACCAGCCUUCACCCUCUAGAAAAGGACCCCAAACAGCGCAGAUACCCGCAAACGUGGCAGCGCCGCCCCAAGAGUACGAAGUUCUCCCCGGAGGAAGAAUAGCUCGCAUGUCCGCAUUAGAAGGCCACACGGCAGAUCCGUCCUCAAGACGUGGAGAAUCAAAGCGUGGAGGUUCGGCAGGCGCAGCAGCAGCAGGCGCCGCGGCUGGAUAUAUGACCGCAAGGCGAAGGGGAGGGGGCGAUCACUCAUCUUCGGACUCAUUUGGAGACAGUCCUAGGUCAGAACCACGUGCAGCUAUCUUACGCCCACCUCCUAUGAACAUUCGUAGGCACGGUUCAUUGUCCAGUAGUUCUGUACUCGCUGGUGAGGAUCCUCAAUCUCCGGCUAGUGCCGGGGGUAUGUCAUCCCCUCCCGGUGUCAACAGCCAACAGUCUGAGCAACUGCCAUUUUUCAAAGACUAUUAUUCGCAAGACGAUGUCCACCCAGGCGAUCGCGUCGCAGUUCUAUGGGCAUAUCAACCGCGCGCGGCCGACGAAUUUGCCCUAGAACGUGGCGAUAUGUUGAAGGUGGUUGGUAUCUGGGAUGAUGGAUGGGCGACAGGUGUUCUGCUGGACGAAAGGGCAGACGAGUGGGAGGCGCGAAAGCAGUCUCAAAGAGACAGUGGUGUAUCGCACACCUCGGGCCGUGGACGAGAUACGUCGCCUCCUGCUAGCGGAGAGAUAAAAGCUUUCCCAUUAGUCUGCGUCUGCCUCCCUGAGCAUUGGAGGAAAACUAUCGAAGGUGACGGGUCCACAGAGACUGGCUCGAGCGCCCAUCACGGCCACCUUACCUGAAGCCGAUAACGACAUAUUACGCUGUUCACUUAUAUUUGAUAGAUUGAUGAAGCUUACUUGCGUUUGCAUUGCUCCGGCGUUCAGGGACUUCCGACUUAGACGCAACUUUCGGUCCGAGCAUAGCACGAUACCCGGCGUCACUCUUCCUCCCGGUGUACCCUCGACCUACGGCCGAACAACGUCCAGGCUAAUCGUCACCGGCUUGCUGCGCGUCUUCCCAUCCUCGUCCUGCACAUAGACACGAUAGUUCGCAUUAUCGCGAUUGAUACGCUUAAUGCUUUCGAUUCCAUAAUACGCAUUUAAUUCUUUUCGGAUGACACAUCGCC